AUGAGCAGAACUUCAAGUAGACCUGGAACUGCUGGUCGGCGAACCGCGACAUCUAUAUUAUGCUACGUCGGGUCUACCAGCCGGCCGCAGUUGUUACAGUUUUUUAAGGACAUAAAACUGUUUCAAACAAAGCUGCUAGAUCCAAACCUAAAGCCGAGCGAAGAGGAACAAGCAACGUUAUUCCGUGAAGCGACACAACUACUCGCCCGUCGUGGUAAUACCGGCUUUUCACCUAACGGGGACCUGAAGAGAUUACAAACGUGCCCCGAAAUAUUUACGGCGGCGAACGAGGUGCAAGCGGUGCUGGAAAAUGUGUUGCUGCCCCGUUUCUUACACAGUGAAGAGUAUUACAAAAUAUUGAUCGGAUCCAGAAUACCCACAGGCUAUCAGAAGCAAAACAAAAAGGCACCGCCAGUACGCGCUAAAGGUCCACCGCGCGCUCCCAACUCCGGCCUAGUGUUAGAACACUGUUCUAACGAAGACGGCGACGACGGGGCCCUGCUGGCUUGCUUGGAACAUCUCGCUGACGAGUUGGAUGAUGACCUUGUCACGUACAAAGUUGUGUUAACCAGGGUCGAUAUCAGAAUGCAAGCGCCUCCCCGCACCGGCACCGUCCGCGUGUUCACCCUGUGCGUGUACUGCGUAGAACGAGGAGCCGAGCCCCGCGCCUGGACCGUGGACAGGAGCGAACACGAUUUCCACCUUCUCCGGAGUAAACUCCUGGAGUUCCAUGGGGAGCGUCUAUUACAAGACUUGCCGCUGCCGUCUAGAAGAGACAACAGCCCAUUGGAAACCCUCCGCUACAAGUACGAAGAUUUCCUCCAGCGCGCCCUAGAAGCGCCCCUGCUCCAAAGCUCCGCACUACUCAGGCUGUUCCUCUCUGGCACCGACUUCGCACUCGCGGCUGCCGCCGCUGCACUAAACGGGCCGGAUAUUGGGAAUAUGGUUACCGCGGUUACUCAUAGGCUGAGAAAAGAAAAAGGACAACAUUUGGAGUCGUUUUUGAGAAACUAUUUGCUGUCGGCAGAUUUGGAGCGAUAUCAAGCGCUAAAGCAAGGCGCAGGUGUGGAAGAGGCUCAAGAAGUGAGCGAAGACGUGAAUAAACGUCCGCGUAGGCGGGACAUCAGGGAAUCAGUAUUCGGGAACAAUUUCGAUGUAGAACCCAGUAGGGAGAUAAUUGAUGGCAGCUACCAGGAUAAAGUGAAAGGGUUCACGCAGUGUCUUAUGUAUUUAUUAAUAAAAGUCCUCCACGCACGAAGCUGGCUGGUCCACGUGUUUGGCGGAGUGAUCGGUUCCGUGCGUCGAACCGUAGAUGACGCUUUAGAGCGCUGGCUCAAUAAGACGCUCGCGACCAGUCUGUGCGAACGGCGGCUGGCGCAUCUUAUUAAAUUAGGACAUGACAUAUUAUUCGGCAAGAAAUCCAUCCCACCCCGUCUACCAGCAACCAAGCAACGUCAAAUAGCGCGCACACAACUACGGCGGGCCGUUCCACCCGCUGCCAUCGCGGUAUUAGGCACCGGCGCUGUUCAAGCGGUAGAUAAAGCCUUUGAGUUGCUACAGAAGCCACAGUUUAACAAACAGUUGGUGUACAAUCUCCUCGAUCUAUGUAUAAUGGAGCUGUUCCCGGAAUUAAGUGCCACAGACAACAAAUCACCGAACGAACCAAAGAGUUGAGGCAGUGCUUAAAUUCUAAAUUGUAUAUUUAUAAGAAACAUCGUACACACUUUUAUAUGGGCCAAUUUAUUUGAUGUUGCACACGACCCUCUUUAAUUUGGUAAGUUUUCUAUUAUUUUUUUGUUUU